AUGUCAUUUCUGCCCUGCAAAUCCGAGUGUCUCCCUGGCGAUACGACUCCCACUACGUUCCGAGACGAUGAGCCGGGGUUCGACUCCUCGCCCGCCCGCAGAUACGCCGGCAGUGCCCAAAACAUCGCCAUUGAGCGUUUGGUAAAAUUGAAGCAGGAACUCAGAGCUCUUGACUCGGAGUCGUUCUGGAACCGGCUCAUGGAGAGCGUCACCUCGAUCUGCAAUGCCCAGUAUGGCUUCGUAGCUCGCAAAGUCCAAGACCAUGAGCUCGUGAGCUCGAUGGGAGAUCACAAGCCAAGUCUCUUUGGCACUGCAUUCUAUUACAAUGACGGAUAUCAGACAGUUGGGAUGCACAGGCACAGGUAUUUUGCUGGGGGCAAUCCCUUGUCACAUAUGGACCACGAGAAACCAUGUUUGAUCCCGGAGAAUCUUGAAUCUCUUAGUGCUUUCUGUCCGGACAAACUUCCGUUUUCCGCGGACGGAUACUUGGCUGUGCCACUCUUCUUUCAAACGAAGUGUAUCGCCCAUCUCGGUCUCAUGUGGUCCAAGUCUGGCCUACAGAAGCGAAGUCUACCGUGGUCAUUCCUAGAGAUGAUCCUGUAUUCGCUGGAGGAUUUGGUUGUCCAACAGAUUCAUAACGAUGCCGAGUGUCCGAAGCUCAAUGAACAACCGAAGAGAGGAGCCACGGGCGCCCCCGGAAGUGUAAGAACCGUCGAUAAUAUGGACUCCAGCAUUUCCAAUUGCUACACCGAGUUCACGACUCAGCCCCUCAAGCCGUAUGCUCGAAGCUUGUCCCAUGAAUUACGAACGCCAAUGCAGGGAGUUGUGGGAAUGCUGGACGUCAUGCAUGCCACCGUACGAGAUGCCAUGCAGGGGAAACCUCCUGCAAAUGGAUAUGUCUUCCAGUCUCUCAAGGAAAGCAUCGAGAUGGUUCAAGACAGUGCAAGACGGGCGGUUGAGGCUGCAGAUAAUGUCGUUCAUGCCUACGAUCUCAAUAUGCAAGUUCCCAAAACCCCCCAGCGGGAGCAUGAGAGCGAUCCAUUCAGUGGCCCGGUCCAGUCACCGAUUGAAAGUCGGCCAAACAUCUUCACUGAAGGCAGCAACGUUGCAGUUAACCCAUACAAGCGGCGACGAAGCAAUCCCGCUGACUGGAACGAAGCAACGACGCCAAAAGCUAAGGCGCCCCGGCGCUCGGCCAAGAAAGAGCUGUCUCCGCGGAGUGAGGAUGUCAAGAAUGCCGUUUACGAGAGCGAGCAAAUCGUUCACGCAAAUCCCUCCCAUCGAAUCGACGAGGUCAUGGCAGACAUGGUGGAGACGCGUCCCCCGUUAGCUGUGAGGAGAUCGGCACCCCAUCUUCUGCUGGAAGGCAUCAAUCUCAAUAUGAGAAGUCCCUCUCUGAGAGUCACCAAGCUUCGUGACCUGCUUCGACUGGUGAUAAACGAAUCGCUCCAUGUCGGCGGCCGACCUGAUUUUACUCUUAGCGAGGCUACGGAGCUAGGAGAGCGGAUUGAGGUUCGGACACGAUCUUCCAACGGGGAGAUUUUCUCGAAGACUAUCGUGUGGAGCGUUGACGAAGCGCUACCGGAAACUUUGCUUGUGGAUGACAAAGACCUGGCAAAGUUGAUUUCAUGCGUCUUUCUAAACGCAGUGAAGUUCACAAAUAGUGGUAUGAUUACAGUCAGCGCAAAGGUCGGUCCUAAUGUCGGUGAAGUCUUCAUCACCGUGCGAGAUACUGGACCAGGUAUACCAGAGGCAUUUUUGCCCAAGCUUUUUACACCUUUCGCAAGAGAAGAUGCGUCCAUCACUCGGAGCAAGGACGGCCUCGGUCUCGGACUCCUGGUCGCUAAGGGUCUUGCGAGGAAGAUGGGUGGUGACUUGAUCUGUGUUCACUCGUCUACCUCUGGGCCCGAUCAUGGCUCCGAAUUUGAAAUCAGUAUUCCCGUCACUCAGUCCAAGUCAAGCAACAAGCCGGUAGCUUGCAUGGCAAGUAGUUUGACGCCUCCUGACGGCAGCGAUCCUUCGCGAUUGAGUACGACGAGUACUUCGAGCAAUUCCGGCCCCGAGCAGUGCAUGCUGUCACCCUCGAUUCGCCGGCCGAGCCAGCCGAUCCAACAGCCGUCCCCAAGUCUGACCGAAGAAACUUCGUCUCAGACAUCGACCCCCGUUCGCUCCGUUUCCACCGCGAAAUUUAUCCGCCCUUCAAUCAAUAGGGAUGCGUAUGACGAGAAGCUCGGACAGAAGCACCCGCUCACCUUCCUGGUAGCUGAAGACAAUAUGAUAAAUCGACGGGUUCUGGUCAGCAUGCUCAAACGGCUUGGGUACCAUGAUAUUUACGAAGCUUGCAACGGAAAGGAAGCCGUGCGCGUAAUGCAGGACAUUUUGGCAUCUCAGAAAUCCAAGACCUCGAGUCGGUCCUCCGACAGUCGGAAAAGGCAAGCAGAGGAUCAGUUGGGAGACUGCGCAUGUAAGCGCACGAAACCAGUCGAUGUCGUCUUGAUGGACCUCUGGAUGCCGGAAAUGGACGGUUAUGAGGCAACGUCGAAGAUCCUCAGAUUAGUAGAUGAAUACCAGCGCCAGGCCCUUCAGAAACAACCGAACUGUCAGGCCAAUAACUUACUGCUGCCGCUCCCCACGGUCCUUGCCGUCAGUGCAGAUGUAACGGAUGAGGCUCUGGGACGUGCCUCCAAAGUUGGCAUCAAAGGCUACAUGACCAAGCCUUAUAAGCUGUCAGAUCUGGAACGAUUGAUCGUUGAGUUCUGCGGCGAGGGGACGAGCCCUUGA